AGGGAAACAUUUGUUAAAAGCAAAGUUCGUAAUUUUCCUAUUUCAGCCUGUCGCAGUGCGCAAUUGCGUAGGGUUCGAAGUCCUUUUCCUCACUACCCACAGCUGCUCAUCCUUAACCGGAAAGCAUCAGACGGUGUAUCUCCGCCGCCCUGCCGCAACCACUCCAAUCAAGUUCUCUCUAUAAUUCAACAUUUAAUCAAUUUAGAGAUUGGAUUAAUUUUUUAUCCCUAUUUCCUGAAAAUAUUCCCCAAAUCAAUUUCAUUGAAUACAUUUGUAUACUCUCAAGUAUAUAAUAUUUAUUUUAUUUGUAUUUGGUUCACACUCCAAAUAAUAUACUUGAUUUGGCGAAAAUAAGCAAAUUACUGUUUUCCCCUUUCAAUUCUGUGCUUCUUGGAAGGCCCGACUGAGCAUUGUAGCGACUUGUUCAAGAUUACCAGCGGAUUGGUGCUAGGGUUUAGGGGCGAAUUUAAGGGAGUUGCGGAGUGCAGUGAUGGGGGGAGAUGAUCGGACAUUUAGGGCAAAUUUCUCAAGUGAAGGAGUUUCGAGGCUUCGUGGGGUUGUCGAGGAGAAGCUCAAGGAGUUCAUGGGUGACUACACCGAUGACACUCUUGUGGAAUAUGUGAUAGUCUUGCUAAAAAAUGGUAGGAGUAGGGAUGAAGCAAAAAAUGAGCUGGAUGUCUUUUUAGGAGAUGACAGCGACUCUUUCAUAUCUUGGCUAUGGGAUCAUCUGGGAUCUAAUCUAAGUUUAUACGUCCAAGCACAAGAACUUGAACCAGUAGGAGUCCCCAAAGCAGAACCUGCUGUAGGGGAUCAGCCUCGGAAAACUGGGUCUCAUCAGAUUGAAUCUGAAGCUGAUAAACAAAAUUCUGUUGAAACAUAUGGGCACCAUAAAAAUCGUGAAAAUAAAGGGUUGGUAAGGGGUGGCAAUGAUGAAGUCUCCCUUCCUCUAAAGUCAGUGGCCAACAAUGUAAAUUCCAGGGAUGAAAAUAAGCCUAGUGAUUCUCAAUCCAAGCCACUUCGUUUUCCUCAGUCAACAAUUCAUAAAAAAAGAAGGCGAAAUGAUGAGGGGCAACAGCAAAGAAAGAGAGACGUAUCCCAGUCGACUGUUAGUGCCCCAAAAAGGCUACUGCAAUUUGCUGUACGUGAUGCUGUUGCUACUUCUAGGCCAUCAAAUGCAACAGCAGAGCCUUCAUUCAAACGUCUACGCUCUGUGGUUUCAACAACGGAUUCAUAUGCUGAAGCACGCCCUCAGAGGAUUCAUCGCGCUUCUAUGUCUGUGGCUAUUAAAGCUAUGGCAGAAGCAGUGAAGGAUGUGACUAAAGUUAGGCCUUCUCGUAAUGUAUUUGAUAGGCUUGGCAAUGCUAUGGAUGGCCUAAACACUAGCAGUCAUCGAGAAUAUGGAGGUAUUGCUGAAGGUGCUAUUGAUGGAGAUUUUAAUGUUGAGAUGGAGAGUCUUCACUCUUCUUAUCACCUGCGAAAUGAUAUCAGCAUGCUGCAAGAAGGGAACAUGUCAUCUUUUCAUGAAGAAGUCAGGGGUACUGGUCUGGGAUAUGACAGAGAAAAUUGUGAUGAAAGGGGAGGGGAAGGCACAGAUAUAUAUCCAUCAGGCUCAUCUGGUGGAAACUGGGUAGAGAGCUCCUUGAAGUUUCAGUAUGGUGCUGCUGAUCAUGUUGAUGGAACACCCCACAGAUCACGUAAAGAGAUUAUUCAACCUGCGGUAGUGCAUAAUGCAAUCCUCAUAAAUUCUUCCGCUGUAAGCAUGAAAAUGAGGAAAUCUCAAUACCAGGGAGAAGUAGAGGCAGCUGAGAUCGAUAGUCGUGAAAGAAUGCGAGGUGCUGAUACUGUGUCUACGAAAUCUGAAGCGUGGUUGAUGAAAGAGAACAACAAUCAUACAGUGCCUUUUAAUGGAAAUGCAAAGCCUGAUGCUACUCUGCUCGAGUCUGAAAGGAGUCAGACACCAAGUGGUUUGCGAAAUACUGGUGCACCAACCGAAGAUGCUGAUUCCCGUACCAUCUUUGUUAGCAAUGUUCAUUUUGCUGCCACUAAGGAUAGCCUUUCACGACAUUUCAACAAGUUUGGAGAAGUCUUAAAAGUUAUCAUUUUAACUGAUCCGGCUACUGGGCAACCAAAAGGAUCAGCAUAUAUAGAAUUUAUGAGAAAAGAAGCAGCUGAGCUUGCUUUAUCUUUGGACGGCACAUCCUUUUUGUCUCGGAUUUUGAAGAUUGUAAAGAAAAGCUCUGCACAACCUGAUGCUGCAUCUGUUAUGACAUGGCCUCGCGUUGCCCGAGCAUCUUUCGUUGUUCCAAGAUAUGGCAGAGCUCCUUUCACUAGAGGUAUGCCCAGUUUAUACAGGGGUCGUGUACCUAUGAAGCCUGGUGCACGGAGUUUCCAGUGGAAGCGAGGGGCCGACUCAACUGUGACUGAGACUUCAGGUCAGGCUUCUAACAGCAUGAUUUCAUCACCAACUACACGUAGUCUCACAUAUGUCAGAGCGGAAACAAAGACAAAUGGGAGUUCAGGAACUGCCUAGAUUGGCAAAUUAUUUAUCGUUGGGUGUCUCAGCGCUGUGCAGAGAAUUUUGAAUGCCAGCAUUGUUUAAUGCUUGGUCAGCUAUGCAGGCAUUGUUUUUCCUUGGUCGACGUGAUCAGCCAAGUGCAGAGGUGCAUGAAUUGAGGAAUAAUAUCCUCAUUUUGCUUUACUUUAGUAUAGUGAAAAUGGGGUAAUUCCGGGCGUUACAGGGGAACAGAACGACCUGGAUAUAUAUUAGUCUAUUUUGUGAAUAUUAUGGACUGAAUGCGGCUUUAGACAUUAUGCUCUCAGAAUAUUUUUUGCUAUGCAUUGAUCUUUUAUGAUCGUUUGAAUACGAAAUGAAAAAUGAAAAAAAAAUGAAAAAGUUUAUUGAA